GUGGGGUCAGGGUUCAAGCGAAAGGCUCCCCGUCGGGGCUCCUUUUCUGUUAUCAAAUUUGUUGCGAGACAAAAAGAGCUACAGUUUCAUUCCUCAGGCCGUCUUGAGGGAGAGGGGAGAGGGGUCAUAGGACGGCAUUCCUCGUGUCAGAGCAUCAGUUCUUCCGCGGAGAGCCACAUGAACUCCUGCUCUCCAGUCUCGGCUCCCUGCUCCAGCACCCGACCGCAUCCCGCACACUCAGGAUAUCAACCGGAACCAAAAAAUGGAGUCUGCCACGACUGCAGAGACAUCUUUACUCUCAAACCAGUCAUCUGAGAGCUGUGUACCAGCAGAGACAGCGAUACAGAACCAGCUGUUUGGGUGGUUCUAUGUGGUGGUCUUCGUCCUGGCCCUCGGUGGUAACAGUCUGGCUCUCUGGAUCUUCUCUCGUCAGCGUGGGGCCUUUAGCCCUGCUAAUGUCUUCUUGGUUCAUCUGGCAGUGGCAGACCUAUCUUACGUGGUCAUCCUCCCACUCAGAGCAACUUACCAUUUCACCGGCGGCCACUGGCCGCUGGGUGAGGUUCCCUGCAGGCUGGUGGGCUUUUUGUUCUAUGUCAACAUGUACGCCAGUCUGUACUUCCUGGCUUGCGUGGCAGGGGACCGCUACCUGGCUGUGGUUCACGCUGUAAGAUCAAUGAAGCUUCGCCAAGGUCGCUAUGCUCACAUCAUCAGCUUGUGCUUGUGGGUCUUGGUCACACUCUCUAUGGCGCCACUGCUGGUUAACCAUCAGACGGCGCAGGUGGACAACACAACGGUGUGUUUACAGCUGUACAGAGAGAAGGUGUCCCGCAGGGCGCUGGUCUCUCUGGCUGUGGCCUUCACCCCGCCUUUCCUUGCCACCCUAUCCUGCUACCUGCUCAUCAUCCACAGCCUGCAUCGGGGCUGCAGGCUGGACCCUGCCCUAAAACUCAAGGCCCUGCGUACCAUCGGUGCCGUCAUUCUCAUCUACAUGGUCUGCUUUCUGCCCUAUCAUCUGAGCAGAGUCACCUUUAUCCUUGGCUACAACAACCCAGAUGUUUCCUGCCAGACACGAAGAGCCCUGAGCAUGGCCAAUCGCUUCACCUCCUCCCUCACCUGCAUGAACGGUGCUAUGGACCCACUGGUGUACCUGUUCGGGGCAGAGAAGUUCAGAAGCACGCUGAAGAGGUUGUUCUGUAAAGAUAAGGCAGGGAUGAUUGGGGCCACUAGCGGAGACCUAAAGGAAACACAUGAAAGCUCGCUGAGUGCCAAGUCUGAGUUCUGAGUAAAAGACCCGGAAGACCAUUGUAAACAGCUUUGGUCAGGCAUUAAGGGACAGUAUGGACCUUAGCCUGGACGGAGUGAAGCAUGAACUAAAGUCCAACAUCCAGGCUUCACUCUGCACCAGAUCUAAUAAACCCCUUAAAAAACUAUUUGUGCAAAGUUUCAAUGAAAAGUCACCCUGAAUAGACAGCUUGUUUAAAAAGUGAGAUGUUCGUUGAUGAAAGGGCCCAAGCAUCUUACAUUUCAGUGUCUGUUUCAGUCAAAUUUGGAGGAUUUCUUGGUUAACCAAAGACCGAUUGUCAAUGAAAUGCAGAUAAUGACUGACCAACUUCAAAUAAUGAUGUGCGUAGAUAUCCAAUUUAUACAUUUUCUGUGAGUAAUAUAAAGUGACACGACUGCAGCCCCUUUCACAAAACACUUUAGGUUGGAACUUAAGAUGCUUUUCUUGGCAUCAUUUGAUUUCUGAAGGUAGCAAGAGGAGAUGGUCAACGUGGAACUGUCCAAAACCCACAGGGGAGGUAGAGACAGAGCUGUAAAAGUCAAUGUAUGUAAGGGGGAUCUGGGUUUAUGGCUCGAGAGUUUGAUGUAGGGACAACAGACAGUGAGAUGAUCCGGCUGUGGGACUUGAGACCAAAACUCAAUUGGACUCUGGUUUCCACAUUGACACAAAUCGGACAUUUUGCACUGAAGUAAACAGAUUACUGAACCUCGAACGCCUCGUGUCCCUGAUACGUUUCACCUUUGUCAAUGGGAAAUGUCAGAAAUAUGCUCCAUAUUCACCUGUCCGGGUUCUACCGUGGUCCAGCAAAGUAAACUUCAUUUAUUGAUUUGAAAAACAUGAUUAGCUUGAAUGCGGUCUGAUGACUGACUAAGGGCAAAAUAAAUAGGAGCUAUAAUGGAUCUGUUUUUAUGACAGAGGCCGAUGAUUCCAGUGUUUAAGCUGUAUAAUGCAUUUUCCUUUGGUGGGAAAGGUUUGUUUUUUUUAAUCUGUACGUUAUUGCAACUGUAGAGUCAACAUGUAUUGUUAAAACUGUCAUGGUAACUGAUUUUUGCAUGUUUUGUAUGGUUUGGAUCGUAUAUCUCAUGUCAUUCCCUUUGUUUUUGAGACAAGUUUUCCCAUAGUUUUGCAUUGGAAACCUAUGAAAAGAUGUUGUAUUUUCUGAGACUUCAUAGCAUUAACAUCUUAGAGGAACAAGUAGCAACAUGAUCACCAUGGUCAGAAUUUGUCAUAUGGUCACAAACAUGUCUUUUAUUGUUUGUUUCUGUUUCUUUAUCUUUAUUUCCUAAUCAUGUGUGACUUUAUUAUUUAAUCCAGACUGGUAAGCAUAAUUGAACUGUGAGAAGCUUGGGGUCUCUAACUGAAUUUUUUUUUUUUUUAACAAUCAAGUGUCAAAACUUUUGUUUGUGACCAAAUAUUUGGAGUUUCAAACUCUUGAUAUGAGUCCAUAACCGCACCAGCUGAAAAAUGUAACAAAUGUUUCAGUUUUGGUCCCAAAUCGAACCGAGUCUAACGGACUAUCAGGUGUGAAAACACCUUUAAAAUAGGAUUCUGUUAAGGUAACUUUAAAAUUGCCCAAAAUAUGCAAACUGUGCAUUUGUCAACCUUUAAUUUCUCUUUGGAGGCCUCAGGCCGGCACCACAGGAUCUCAAAUGUCGGUUAUCCCUUGGGCCGGCUUUGACACUAACCAGCGAUGAUGCAGUUAAAGUAGAGUGGUGGCUGAUGGCUGCAGUAGGCUAAUAUGACAAAUUACUAUUGUAUAUAAAUAUACGCUUCAUUUUUUUUCUUCUUAAAUUUGCUAUAGUCUGAAUUUCUGCUACAAUAUUGCGCAAUACUGCCUGACUUCAUGAAACUUGUAAACUGCUGUUAUGCUUGAGACAAAUUUCACAAGUAGUGCUCUCUCUGAUCCUUUAACUUGUAUGUGUUUCUUUUUUACACUCUGCAAUGAAUUUGCUUAAUUCUUCUCAUAAAAACUGCAAAAGAGAA